AUACACCAACAAUGGAUAUCGAUGCUGAGCGGGAGAAAAUCCGUCAGGAAAUAGAAGAACUGGAGAGGAACCUGGGCCCCGGCCUACAAGGCGUCGAUCUAGAUGGGUCCAGUUCCAGCCUUGAAUCGGAGGAUGAAGACGGCUCUGAAGACAGCGAUGGUUCGGAUGCCCAGGCUGAGAUGGUGGAUCCAAAGGACCCUCAAAUGGAAGGCGAGAGCGAAGCCAUCAUCCAUCUUCCUCAGACGCCGGAGACCUGCCUCCAGAUGAACCUGGUCUAUCAGGAGAUCCUUCAGGAAAAGCUGGAGGAAGUCCGCCAGCUCCUUGCCCAAAACAAGCAACAGCAGGAGAAACUGGCCUGGGAUCUUUCCGGGAGGAGGGUCCCCAAGUCGUCGGCCGGGAAGCCCUUGCCAGGCAACAUAUUCCUGGGCCAUUUUAUGAAGCCUUACUUCAAGGAUGUGACGUCGGGUCUCGGCCCUCCUGCCAACAGCGAGAAGCGGGAGAAGGCCAAGCAAGGCAUCAAGGCCUUUGAGGAGUUGCUCACCCCCAAAUGGAAGAGCCGGGAGAAGCAGCUGCUACGCGAGUCGGUGCUCAGUGACCGUUUGCAGCGUCUGCUCCAGCCAAAGCUCUUGAACCUCAGCUAUCUGAACGAGAAACUGGCAAAAUCGCGGGACGAAAUGGAGCGGCAAAUUUUGGAAAAGCAGAUCAGAGAGAAAGAAAACGAAAUCAAAGAGAUCAACCUCCUUCCAGAAGAGUCUCUGCUGGCGAACAGGUUUGAGGAGCAUGACUGGGAAAAGAUCGCCAAUGUCAAUUUUGAAGGGACCCGGAGUGGGAAUGAGCUGCGGACGUUCUGGCAGAACUCGGAGCACCCCGACAUCAACCGGAAAGAAUGGGGCCCAGAGGAAAUCGAGGCCCUGAAGGAGAUCGCCCUUCGCCACAACAGCUUCGACUGGGCAGCCAUUGCUCAGGAAUUGGGGACGCAUCGCACGGCCUUUCAGUGUCUGCAGAAGUUCCAGGCCUACAACAAAGACUUCAAGAAGCGGGAAUGGACCCCGGAAGAGGACCGGAUGCUGCUGCAGAUGGUGCAGGAGAUGCGGGUCGGGAAGCACAUCCCCUACCGGAAAAUCGCCUAUUACAUGGAGGGCAGGGACUCAGCCCAGUUGAUCUACCGAUGGACCAAGCGGGUGGAUCCCAAGCUGAAGCACGGCGCCUGGACCCCGAGGGAAGAUGCCUUGCUCCUGAAGGCGGUGGCCAAAUUUGGGGCGCAGGACUGGUACAAGAUCCGGGCGGAAGUCCCCGGGAGGAGCGACCAGCAGUGCCGUGACAGGUAUUUGCACGCUCUCCACUUUGAUAUUAAGAAAGGCAAAUGGAGCAAGGAAGAAGAAACAAAAUUGGUGGAGCUGACAGAAAAAUACGGCGUGGGUCAUUGGGCAGAAAUAGCCUCCGAAUUGCCCCAUCGGUCAGGAACGCAAUGUCUCAGCAAAUGGAAAGUGCUUUUGGGAUACAGGAGGAACCGGAAGCAGAGCAAGAAGCCCCCCCGCCGGAAGCAGGUCCCGAGGGGCAGCGCCAGCCCUUUGGAGUCGUCCAGUGACACUUCGGACCUGGAUUUGGACACAGAGAGCGAAGAGGAGGACGAGGGACGGAAGAAGAAGGAGAAGGAGAGGAGGUCUUGGCGGGUACCAGACCUUGACUUGUGGGUCCCAACCAGGAAGACGCCGAAUGGGCCGCCAAAGAGGUGCAACCGGAAGGAGGGAUCCCCCAACCAGGUGCCAGACCUUGACUUGUGGGUCUCGACCAGGAAGACUCCACAAGGGCCGUCAAAGGGAUGCGACCGGAAAAAGGGCUCCCCUAAACAGAUGGCCAAAUACACAAAGGAUUCCUGGAAGGUUUCCUUGCCCUUUGUGAGAAGCGUCUUGAGAAAAAAUAGCUAUGAGCAGCACAGGAAGAAUAGAGAGAUCCAACGGAGGAAACGUUUCGCCGCCGUCUCGACUUCCCAGGCCCCGCCCAGACAACCUUUGACCCCCGGAGGGAGGGGCCGGGCCUGGAAGACCUCCCUCCACCGCCAGCUGAUGAUGGCCGUGACCCCGUGGGCCGAGGGGCGCGUCCAAGAACGGAGGCUGCGGGCCACGCAGGAGGCGGGCGUCACCUCCAAAGCGGAAUUCAUCUCCAAGGCCCUGCAAUCGGCCCGUCUCCCCAGCACCCCUUUCUUCACCCUCUUCAUCCAGCUGUUGCGCAUUGAUGUCGGCGGGUGCAUGAAGGUCAUCCAGAAGCAGAAAAGCCGGCCGACGGGGAACCUGAAGUCUGUCGUUGCGAACAAAAGAUGGACCAAGCAGGCUUCUUCAGAUUCGACAGGUAGCUACCUACCUGUAGCUCCAUCCUCUUCCUCCUCGGAAGCCCUUCCUUGCCGCCCGGCUGCCAAACCCAGAACCGUCUCCGAACUCCUUCGGGAGAAGCGGCUCAGGGAGGCCCAGAAGGCCCAGCAGAGCAGGACUCUCCUGGCCCCAAAUUUCCUCCUUCGGCCCCAGAGCCCAGCGCCGAAUCUCCAGAUCUUGUUGCCGGAGCGUCCCAAUCUCCAGAUCCCAGCGCCGAAUCUUCAGAUUUCUAUGGCAGAGCGUCCCAAUCCCAGUUUCCAGAUGCCAGUGAUGGAGCGUCCCAGUCCAGCGCCGAAUCUCCACAUCCCAAUGGCGGAGCACCCCAACACAGGACCAGAUCUCCAAAUCCCAACACCGAAUCACCAAAUCUCAGUGGCAGAGCAUCACAAUCCAAGUCUCCAGACAUCAGUGGUGGAAUGGCCCAAUCUCAACCUCCAGAUCCCAGUGGUGGAGCGUUCCAAUCCCAACCUCCAGAUCCCAAUGGCAGAGCACCCCAACACAACGUCAGAUUUCAAGAUACCAACACCAAAUCUCCAGAUCUCAGUGGUGGAGCAUCACAAUCCAAGUCUCCAAACAUCAGUGGUGGAGCAUCCUAAUCCCAGCCUCCAGAUCCCAAUGGCGGAGCACCCCAACACAACGCCAAAUCUCCAGAUCUCAGUGGCAGAGCAUCACAAUACAAGCCUCCAAAAAUCAGUGGUGGAGUGUCCCAAUCCCAACCUCCAGAUCGCAGUGGCAGAGCAUCACAGUCCAGGUCUCCAGACAUCAGUGGUGGAGUGUCUCAAUCCCAACCUCCAGAUCCCAAUGUUGGAGCACACCAACACAACGUCAGAUCUCCAGAUACCAACACCGAAUCUCCAGAUCUCAAUGGCGGAGCAUCACAAUCCAAGUCUCAAAACAUCAGUGGUGGAGCAUACCAAUCCCAACCUCCAGAUCCCAAUGUUGGAGCACACCAACACAACGUCAGAUCUCCAGAUACCAACACCGAAUCUCCAGAUCUCAGUGGCGGACCAUUCCAAUCCAAGUCUCCAAACAUCAGUGGUGGAGCAUACCAAUCCCAACCUCCAGAUCCCAAUGGCGGAGCACCCCAACACAACGCCGAAUCUCCAGAUCUCAGUGGCAGAGCAUCACAAUCCAAGCCUCCAAACAUCAGUAGUGGAGUGUCCCAAUCCCAGCCUCCAGAUCCCAGUGGUGGAGCAUCAUAGUCUAGGUCUGCAAACAUCAGUGGUGGAGUGUCCCAGUCCCAAACUCCAGAUCCCAAUGUUGGAGCACCCCAACACAACGUCGGAUCUCCAGAUCCCAACACCGAAUCUCCAGAUCUCAAUGGCAGAGCAUCACAAUCCAAGUCUCCAAACAUCAGUGGUGGAGAGUCCCAAUCCCAGCCUCCAGAUCCCAGUAGCGGAGCAUCAUAGUCCAGGUCUCCAGACAUCAGUGGUGGAGCAUCCUAACCUUCAGAUCCCAAUGGCGGAGCACCCCAACACAACGCCAAAUCUCCAGAUACCAACACCGAAUCUCCAGAUCUCAAGGGUGGAGUGUUCCAGUCCAAAUCUCCAAACCUCUACACCUAAUCUCCAAAUCCCAAUGGCCGAGCGACCCAAUCUCCAUCUUUCUCCAAACCCCCACAACGUGAGCCUGGGAACGCCUACCUCCAACUCCCAAGGACUUCCUGUUCCUUCGAACAAACAUGGCUGCUCCGCAACCCCUCCGCCCGUGGCGCUGUCCCUCUCUUGGGUCCUGACCCCGCAAGGCCUGCUCCCGGUGGUGCACCUCCCCGGUCAAACUGGCAACCCUAUAACCUGUCCGGUCACAUCUACACAAGCCUCUGCUUCCAGCGAAUCCCACAACACCCCUCCAUUUACCGCCGUUUCUUCGGAAGCCGUGCUGAGGCAUCCCAUUUCGGGGGACCCUCCCGGGAAGGCCUCCCUCGAUUACCGCCUCCUUUCCACCGAAGACACCGCAACGGCAAAGCGGUGGUCGCAAGGGGAAGGGGGCCCCUCCGGGUUGCCCUAUUUGCCACCAUUCCUCUGCAGCCUCCGGACCCUCUCUGCGCUGCUGCAACUCAAAGAGUCCCUGUUGCGUCAAGCCGCCUCGCUCCGGGUGCCGGAAGGAUCCGGAGAAACGGGGUUCCGGACCUUGGUGCGGCAACGGCUGCAAGGAAACCCGGCCUACGAGCUCCUGAAGGGCCGCUUCUUGGCCGCCUUUGCCUUCCCAGCCGCUUUGGCGACGCUGCCUCCUUUCCGGGUGACCACCACCAUUUCCAGGGCGGAUCUGGACCCAUCUUCAGAAGAAACAGAAGAAGAAGAUGAUGAAGACGACGAGGAGGAGGUUGAGAGAGAGCCACACGAAACAGAGAGGGACAGCCCUGGAAAGGCAGCCAACAGUCGCAAAAGCCCUACGGAGCUGAAGGAGUCCGGUGCUGAAGUUUCGAAUCCAGAGCCUUUCUUGAUUCGGAGAAGUUCCCGCCUCCAAAAAAGGAAGAAUCAGCUCUGAAAGACCAGGCAUCAGACCUUCAGGCACCAGCUGCUUUGCCCCAAAAGAGGAAUAUUUCCAACACUGACCACCAACACUUAAGUCUUGCCUCCAGAAAAAAAGGAGUUAUCAAUCACUGGCCUCAUUCCUGAUGUUUUUGUGAAAUAGCUGCAUUUGGAUGAAUCCAUCGAAUGCGCUCUUUGAGGACUGUUUGCUGCAGAACUUGGAUGAUUCUCCUCAUAAUUCUCUGCAUCUCCCUUUUUUAUUAUUAUUAUUAUUAAUAAUGUUAUUUGUUGAUAAUAAAAUGUUUAUAUUUAACCACAGUGUUGUUAUGUGACUAAUCACACCUCCUCCGUUUUGCGUAUCUCUGAGAUUUAUGGGCCUUCGUCACCACUUUAUGCCUUGGUUUUGCAACUUCCCCAUUUUAUUCUCGUUGUUUCUCUCCCAUUUUCAAAGGGAAGGGAGGAGGAGGAGGAGGGUUGUUCCUCUUUCUUCCUUUCUUUCUUUUCUCCUUUCUUUCUUCCGUCUUCGGCCUUUAAUGGAGAUUUGAAAGGAAGCAGAGCCUCGGAGGAGACAUUUCACUCUUGGAGCCACCGCUUUAGGUUCGUAGGCAUAUAUUAUUCUGAGAAUU